AUGCAAAUCAAGAACAUCCUUCCCCUGGCUUUGGCCGGUGCUGCUGCGGCGCAACAGUCGAACCUCACCCAGGUCCUGGCUUCUCAGAACUCGAGCUUGUCCAGCCUGAUCCAGCUUUUGGGCACACAACCCACCCUCGUCCAGGCUCUGUCUGGAGCCCAAAACAUCACCAUCCUCGCCCCCAACAACGAGGCCAUCGAUGCCCUUCUCAAGUCUCCCGAGGGUCAGGCUGCUUCUACUGACCCGGGUCUGGUCGCCGCCAUCCUGUCCUACCACGUCCUGAACGGCACGUACUACGCCUCGGCCUUCAACGACCAGCCGCAGUUCAUCCCUACCCUCCUCCAGAACCAGACCUACGCGAACAUCACUGGUGGACAGCGUGUUCAAGGCCAGACAGCCGGUGGAAACGUCACUUUCUACUCGGCUCUGCGGGCGAACUCUACUGUGGUCCAGGGCAACCUGAACUUCACCGGCGGAACGAUUCACAUCAUCAACAAGGUCCUGUCCGUGCCCGCGGGCGUCGCUACCACUCUUCAGCAGGCGAACUUGACUGCGGCUGUAGGUGCCAUCACCAAGGCCAACGUCGGACCCGCAUUGGCUUCUUCUCCCGACCUCACCUACUUCAUUCCCAACAACGAGGCUUUCCGCGCCAUUGGCAGCUUGGCUGGUGGUCUUAACGAGACAACUCUUCAGAGCAUCCUGUCCUACCACGUUGUCAGCGGUGCUGUUCUCUACAGCCCCCAGAUCACCAACACUUCUCUGACCACGCUUGGUGGUGGUAACGUCACCGUCCGUGUUGUCGACGGUUCCGUCUUCGUCAACGACGCCAAGGUCGUCGUGCCCAACGUCCUGGCUGCUAAUGGUGUUGUCCACGUUAUUGACAACGUCUUGAACCCUGCCAACGCCACUGCUCAACCCGAUGUUACGGCUUCCACUCGCCCUCCCGCCUACACCGAAGCUAGCACUGCUACCGACGGCAGCAACCCCUUCACCAGCGGUGUUCAGGCUCCCACUUCCACUCCUCCCGUCGCCACUGAGAGCAACCCUGCCAACGGCGGCGGCGGCGUUCAGUCUACCUCCAGCAGCCAGCAGGCCGCUCCCAUGAGGACCGCGGCUGUCGGUGCGGCUGCCCUCUUCGGUGGUAUGGCUGCGUACGCCAAUAUGUAA